AUUCCCACGGCACACAGUCACACAGUUGUCACUGUCAAAAAACUUCAUUAACACUUUCAUAAUUUCUCUCUAUCUCCAUGUGUAUUUAGGACUACUAUGCUCUUCUAUACAUUGACCCCAUUUACCUCAGUGUAAGUAUAUAUCCAUAGAAACUUCCAAAAAGCUAAUCUUGAAAUGCAUCAAGAGGCAGCAGCAGCAUUGAUUGAUUGCGUGUAGUUUCGGGCAAUGUGGAUAGUUUUCUUCUUUCCCUUCAAUCUGCCUUUUACUAAAAACCCUAACUUUAUUGUUCUUUCAGCUAACAGGUAAAUUUGAAGUUUGUAUUCGUGGAGAAAUUUAAGGUGAUAGCAAAAUGUUUGGAUUUUCAAGGAGAAGAAUGAAGCUUGGAAGAUUGAAAGUUCAACUUUCAGACUCAGCUCAGGGAACUAGAAGUCCCAUCAGACACCCGAAACGUGUCAGCAGUUACAGCGGCCAAGGGCUUGCACCUGCACUUAAUGCUUCUCAUGAGUCAAAUUGUCAAACUCCAUCUGGUGCACCAGAAUUUAACAGCUGUACAUCAGGAAGCUCAGAGAAUUGGAUGGUGCUUUCAGUUACUGGAGACAAGCCGGCACCUCGCUCCAGCCAUGCAGCGGCUGUGGUUGGGAACAAGAUGGUGGUAGUUGGUGGUGAAUCAGGAAAUAAAUUAUUGGAUGACGUGCAGGUGCUACAUUUUGAUAGAUUUUCCUGGUCUACAGCUUCAUCAAAACUCUACCUUUCGCCUAACAGUCUCCCACUCAAAAUUCCAGCAUGCAAGGGUCAUUGUCUGGUUUCUUGGGGAAAAAAGAUACUUCUAGUCGGAGGCAGAACUGACCCUGCUAGUGACAAAGUUUCAGUUUGGGCAUUUGACACAGAAACAGAGUGCUGGGCACCAGUUGAGGCAAAGGGAGAUAUUCCGGUUGCUCGAAGUGGUCAUACUGUGGUCAGAGCAAGCUCUGUUCUGAUUUUGUUUGGUGGUGAAGACGCUAAAAGGAGGAAGUUAAAUGAUCUCCACAUGUUUGAUUUGAAAUCUUUUCAUUGGCUCCCACUUCAUUGCACAGGACCAGGACCAUCACCUAGAUCAAACCAUGUGGCCACCCUCUAUGAUGACAGAUUGCUUCUGGUUUUUGGUGGAGCAUCAAAAUCUAAGACAUUAAAUGACCUGUACUCUCUGGACUUUGAGACGAUGAUAUGGAUGAGAAUCAAGAUAAGAGGUUUUCACCCAUCACCUAGAGCUGGCUGUUGCGGAGUACUUUGUGGAAGUAAAUGGUACAUUGCUGGUGGUGGAAGCAAGAAGAAAAGGCAUGCAGAAACUGUGAUACUUGACAUUCUAAAGCUUGAAUGGUCUGUGGCAGUUGCAUCUCCUCCAUCUUCUAUUACUACAAAUAAGGGAUUCAGCCUCGUGCUUGUGCAGCACAAGGAAAGAGACUUUCUUGUUGCAUUUGGUGGUUCCAAGAAGGAUGCAUCAGAUCAGGUUGAAGUGCUGAUUAUGGAAAAGAGUGAAUCAUCACUUGGUAGGAGAUCAACUUUAAGUAAGGGUGCAGGAACCAUGAUAUCUGAGAACCUGUUAAAGUCUACUGGCUUGGCUGCCCAACCAAGUAACACUGUUCUUAAUGGGACUGUGGAAUCUGUUGCACGACAAAAUAUUGCAUCUGCAGUUGAGCAUGGUUCUGGUCGAAGAUCGUUGUCAGAGUCCUUACUCAUUGAUCCAAAUUCUAGUGCUGGCAAUGUGUCGCUUCGUAAGCAAUUCCAUGACAAGGAAGACCCCACUAACAAUGUGCCAAAGAUUUCAGAAGAUGGAAAUUUUUCAAAGGGUGUCGAGCAGAAACCUAGAAUUCAUGAUACUGGAUCUCAGGCAUACACAAAUGUAGAUAAUUAUAAUGCUAAAGAAAUAUCAUCUGCAUCGGAAUCUGGAAACCUGGAAACUCACAGGAGACAAGGAAGUGGAAGCUUUUCACUUGAUAGCGAUGACCUUCUGUUUCAAGAAAGUGAUGGCAAAGCAGGGGUAUCAGUGCCUUCCAAUGUCCAUCAAUUCCAUCAAUCGUAUGAAUUAAAAUUGGGUGCCCUUAUAAGAAAGAAUGGAAUUCUAGAAGGGCAGUUGGCUGCUGCAAUCUCCAGUCGUGAAUCAGCAGAGAAGAACUUAUCCACUGCUGUAAAAAGUAGACAGGAAAUGGAAAAAAAAUUAGCCGAUGCCAUGAAGGAGAUGGAGUUGCUUAAAGAGAAGUUAGCUGGUGUGGAAUUGGCACAGGAAGAGGCCAAUAGCCUAUCCAAUAUCGUCCAUUCAGACAAUGUCAGGCUUGAGCAUGAUGUGGCUUUCCUUAAGGCAGUCUUGGAUGAUACCCAAAAGGAACUACAUUCAACUAGAGGUGUCCUUGCUGGAGAAAGAGCAAGAGCAUUCCAGUUACAGGUAGAAGUUUUUCACUUAAAACAGAGAUUGCAGUCACUGGAGAAUCGAGCACCAACUCCCAGAAAACCUUUUCAUGUUUAGUACAUAGGGGCUCGGUCUAUUAUAUGUACAUUUGGUGUAGUAUUGUUGGUGUACAUAGUUUAUCAACUUUCCAGUAUGUAAUUACCUUGCCUACCGAAACACAAUCGCUGUUCUUACCUAUUCGUGGCUAUCUGCUGUAUGGUAACUGUGGGCAAAAGGAUUGUAAUGAUAAUCAGGAUAAACCAAACUCGCAACUCGAGCCGAUUAACUAGCAUAAAUGUUCAGUAAGUAGUACUAGCUGCAAAAAGCUACCGAAGCUGCCUUUUGCAGAAUCAAA